UGCAGAAUUACGCGAAGGAUACGAAAACAUUAACGAAUCAUUUUAUUGGCUAAUUCCUCUGAUAUACAUGCAUUUUCUGUAUCUCACGUGCUCUCUGACAUAUGCGGCUACAUUUGUUCACAUGGAUCCAAAACUUCGAGCCAUAAUAGGAGCAUUUGCUGUGUUUCUUGAUUGUGGAAUCAUUUAUGUAUGCUGGAUGGUAACUUCUUGUGUUAUGUCGCUGUACGACGAUUUCAGUUCAAUUGUAAAAAUGUAUCCUGCAAACAUUGGAGUUGAAAUGAAGUUUAAGAUAAUUGGAUUUAUGAAAAGAUUUAAAGGCGAACCCAUUGGCAUAUCUUUUGCAGAAUGCUUCUAUGUAAAGAGAAAUUUUCCGAUGAGAGUAAGUAUGAAGUAUCUAAAUUAUCAUCUAACACAUUAAAAAUUCUAUAUAUUAGA